UAAGCUACGUAAACAUUGCAUAUCAGUUGGAGCAGUUGUUGAUGGACCAUUCUCCGACUCCGUGUUUGUCCUCUAUGCACAUAUCGCAUGUUCGAACACGAACAGUGUGCGUCGAACUUUAGAACCGUAACAACGGACUUCGAUUACCAAUGAGUGCUUGAAUAUUCCCUUCGAAAUAUACGAAUUCAAUUUUACGUCACCACAACACGUAAUAUCAUCAUCAUCAUCACCAGCAAGGCGUAGAGAUACGUUGACCAAAACACCAAUACAUACGCAUACACGCAUUCAAAAUAAAUUUAAAAAUAAAUAAUAAAUCCAUUAAAACGACGAUUUAAUUAAAAAAUCAAUUACGACAGAUUUAAUCGCGAUUAAAUCGAAUCCGAACAUGAAUAAGGAUUUAAAAUAACGAUAAAAAUAUUAAAGCAAAAAAAAGAGAGAAAAUAUUAUGAAAAUUUAAAAGGAAUUAAGAAACGUCGCGUACAACAAAGUAGAUCACACCAUUUCGAAAAGAAAAUUAAAAGUUAUUAGGCAAUAUAACGAGCAUAAACUGGCCAAGCAAAAAGAAAAAGUUGUGAAAAUUACAGUGCAAGAAGAAAUCCAAACUAUUAAAGUUAUCCACAUAUCAUCAAUAAUUCAAGAAUAGUUUCGAAAACUUGUACAAAUAUUUAUUUAGUUGGUCGGUACAGGCAUAUUUCAAAUAAAUAGCCAAAUAACAAAAGCAGUGGCGCUAACAUUUGAAGACAACAAUAAUAAAAAGAAGAAAAAACUUGGCAAAUAAAUUUCGAACUUGAACAAAUAAAAGUACCACUCCACAAUCCAAUAAAGUCCAAAAGAAUAGUGUGGAAAGCGAAAAGAAAUGGCAACGAUGAGCCUUAGCAAACUAUUGUUCAUAAUUUUAGUCACAAAAUCGUUGAUUUUUGCCGAAGCAUUAAAAUGCUACCAAUGCGGUCAAUACAAUGAUGGUGUUGGUUCGAUUACACCUUGCUUAAAUUACACGGAGCAAACAGCACCGUUUUAUUUGAAAGAUUGCCCACGAUCAUCGGAUGCUUAUUGCAUUAAAUACAAGAGCGAGCUUUCAGAAAAUUCGAUUCGGGAUUGUGUAGCUAGUUGCACCGAGAAGGAAGUGUGGAAUACACGGACCUAUUGCUGCAACGUGGAUGCCUGCAAUGACGCAUUUACCAUAACCAUAAGCAAAACAGCACUUGUUCCUGUUCUGGUUGCAACACUGUACGCUUCGACCGCCGUAAUAUUUCGCCGACAAUAAACAUCAGCGACAACAGCGAUAAUAACCGAAACCAAAAGUAUAACAGCGAAAAUGUGACUUUUCAAACUGAAUAUAUACAAAACAGAGAGAAAAAAAAAAA